AUGUCAGCUCACGGAGGCGAGGGCGGACAGUUCAAACCUGUCAAGGAAGCUCAGACCCAGGAUCUUCCAGGCUCUGAGAAGGCGAUGAAGCCAACCAGCGAGUCCACAGCUCUCGAAGGUGCAGAAGGCUUCGUCGAGUAUGUCCCAGCUGGCAAGCUCAAGGGCAAGAAGGCUUUGAUCACCGGAGGAGACUCAGGUAUCGGUCGCUCGGUUGCGAUUCUCUUCGCUCGUGAGGGUGCCGACGUCUCGAUUGUUUAUUUGCCAGAGGAGCAGCAGGAUGCGGAAGAUACCAGGAAGUCGGUCGAGAAAGAGGGCAAGGAGUGCUUGUUGAUUCCUGGAAACCUGAUGGAUAACAACACAUGCAAGGAGGCAGUGCAGAAGCAUGUUGAAAAGUUCGGCCAGAUCAACGUCUUGGUCAACAACGCCUCGAAGCAGACAAUGUGCGAAGACUUUGCUGAGAUCGACCUUGACAACGUCGAGAGCUCUUUCCGUAGCAACAUCUUGCAGAUGUUUGCCAUCACCAAGUUCGCUCUACCCCAUAUGAAGAAGGGAUCCUCCAUCAUCAACACGACGUCGACGGUCGCUUUCCGUGGAACGUCUUCCAUGGUGGAUUAUGCCGCAACGAAGGGUGCCAUUGUCUCGUUCACGCGUGCUCUGGCGAAGAACCUGGUUCCGAAGGGCAUCCGAGUCAACGCUGUCGCGCCUGGUCCGGUGCAUACACCACUCCAGCCUGCGUCUCGUCCGGCUGAGCAGAUGGAAGGCUUUGGAAAGAAGUCGGCAUUGGGACGCCCUGGACAGCCGAGCGAGAUUGCUCCGAGUUUCGUGUUCCUGGCAGCGAAGGACAGCGAGUUGUACUACGGGCAGAUCUUGCAUGCAUACCCGCUGGGCGACUGA